AAAUUUGUUUAACCAUGUUGUAUCGGUAUACAGUUCAAAUCGAUUGGGAGUUGAUUAGACAAGUGAAUUUUAUAGUUUAUUUUUGUGUGUUCUUAAAGCUAUUUCUAUAUUUUACUCCUGGAAAAUGGGAAAGUUUGUGAUAAGUUGUAUUUUUGUUUGGUGUUUAGUUGCUGGAAUUGAAUGUCAAAAAAGUUUUUCCUCAUUAUCUUGUCAGGGUCCUCGCAAUCCAAAAAUCGUUGGAGGCUCUCAGGCAGGAAAGAAUGAGUUACCUUAUAUAGUAAGUCUCACCCGUCGUGGAGGACAUUUUUGUGGAGCAUCAAUUCUCAACGAAAGAUGGCUUCUCACAGCUGGACAUUGUGUUUGCAACGGAUUGAAUAAUCUUAUGAAGCCAGCCCAAAUUCAAGGAGUCAUUGGGCUACAUAGUAUUUCAGACUAUCUCAAUGGAAUACAAAGUAGAAAUUUUCAACCAAGUCAAAUUCAGUUCAGAACUAUUGUGACACAUCCAGGCUACGAUUGCAGUCAUGUCAAAAAUGACAUAGCUCUACUUGAAGUAACACGACCAAUUACAUUCAAUGAACAAAUUAAACCAACUUGUCUGUCAGUUGACAUAGAUGGUCGAAAUUUUGAAGAUGAUUAUGCCACUGUAUCCGGUUGGGGUUGGACAAAUGAGAAUCAAGGAAACGGAGAUAGGGCUGAUAUAUUACAGAAGGCAACAGUUCAAAUUUGGAAUAAUGACAUUUGUGAGAGAUCUUAUCAAACAAAUGGAAAAAGAUCAAAUUUCAUAGCUGAGACACAGAUGUGUGCUGGAUUUGUCAAUGGUGGCAUUGAUUCGUGUUGGGCCGAUUCUGGUGGUCCUUUGGUGACAAAAGAUAAUUUACUUGUUGGUGUUGUAUCAACUGGAAUUGGAUGUGCUAGACCUGGAUUACCAGGCAUUUAUACAAGAGUCAGUAAAUAUAUCGGUUGGAUGGAACAAGUGAUGUCACGAUGAAUAUUAUCUUAUGUGAAUAUUUUUGGCUAUGAUUUAACAAACUGUGAUAGUAGAGUUAUUGUAAUUUUAAGAGAAGUAUAUUUCUAGAUUUAAUAAAAUUGAAAAUCAAACAAUAAAAAAUAAAAUAUAAUUUGACUUAACAUAAGAACCCU